UCACGGCGCAUUAAUUCGAGGCUGAUACCUGCCGACGUCAAAGGGCCGUGAUCAACACGAUUUAUCACCGGAACAUAUAUCCUUAAAUUUUCAUUUGAAUCCGAGAAACGGGGAAGGCACGAUAGACCAACAAAAAGAGACUACAUCUUAGGACAAAUUUAAAGACUUUAAAAUAUUUUCAGGAUAUAAACAUGCUACGGCCAGGUCAAAUAAUUAUUAUAGGAUUAUUUUAUCUUCACAACAUAAAGGCCGACAUUGACCAAAAGACCAUUCUUCAUCCAGUCAAAACUGUUGAAAGUGCCACAAAAAUUCAAGGAGAAAACCCAACAUAUUCAAUAAAGGCCUCAGAUAAAAGAAGCAGUGGUUUUUUCCGUAUAGGUAAGAGUACCUCAACAGAGGAAAAGAGUGAUGAAAAACCGAAGGAAGACUAUAAAUUGGAAGACGAUAAUGAAGUAGAAGUUGGUGAAUACGUUCCUAUAGAUAUUAGCUUAAUCCCCUUUGCAAAGAGUGAGUCAGGGGCACGAUUUUAUGUUCCCGUUGAAAUAGAAUCACCGAAAGAUGACAACAAUCCAACUGAGGAGGAAAAAAGAGCUUCGGGGUUCUUUAGAAUCGGAAAAAGUAAUGGGAAUUUCGGAGAAAAAAGAAAUUUCUUUAGAAUAGGAAAAUCUUUAGAUCAGGACACAAAGCACAAAAAAGCAAGCGGGUUUUUUCGAAUUGGAAGGUUAUCUCAGAACCAGAAUACAAAAGACAAAAAAGCAAGCGGAUUUUUUCGUAUUGGUAGGACACCUGAUGAGGUCAUGGAUAAACGAGCCAGAGGCUUUUUUCGAAUAGGAAAAAGCUCAAACGAUAUUGAUGAAAAACGAGCUUCUGGAUUUUUUAGAAUUGGUAGAAGUAAAGUAAAUGACAAAAGAGCACAGGGAUUUUUCAGAAUUGGUAAAAGCAAAGGAUUUUUUCGAAUUGGUAAAGCUGUUCCUACGGACGGCGAAAAGAAAGCAAGUGGAUUUUUCCGGAUCGGGAAAGAUCAUCCAACAGGUAUGAACAAGAAAGCGAGUGGGUUUUUCCGCAUUGGAAAAAGUGUUCAGGGACAAGCAAACGACAAGAGAGCAAGUGGAUUUUUUCGAAUUGGAAAAAGUUGUUCCGAGGAUUCAAAAAGAGCAGGCAGAUUUUUUCGUAUAGGAAAGAGUCAUCCCGAUAAAAACGAGGAGGAAAGCUCAGAAAGCCAGAUCUCUUCAAUGUCUUCAACCCAAAACCCUGAUCAACAGAACAAAGAAAAGAGAGCGGGGCGAUUCUUUAGAAUUGGGAAACGAGCCCACGGUAGAAUUACAAAGAGAAGUUCCGGUGACGAUGUUUCAGCAUACGAACAAAUGUUUCCACAAGAAAACAAGCGAGGAUACAUUAGGAUAGGCAAGGUGCCUGCCUCAGCCUUCAUGAGAAUCGGUCGUCAACAUUUUCUACAGUCUCUGGUUAGUGAUCCAUUUUAUAGAAAUGGAAGGAUUCAACAGAGCUCCUUUAUGAGGAUCGGGAAAAGGAGCGUGAGGAACGAUGACUUGGAAAGAGAACAGCUGUCAGCAAAUAGUGACGACAUUCUGUGAAGUAUUUUAUAACAACGAAAAAAGAUUUAUGAAAAAAGAAAAAAAUGCAGAAUUUUUAAAGUAAAAAGGGAACAAGAUCAUUUUAAUCUAUUAGCAUUUUGGCUAAGAUCUUGAGAAUUAUAAGCAUUUCUUCAAGUUACAAUAAAGAAAGAAUGUUUAGGUUAAUGUGAACAAAAUUGAUUACUUUUUUAAUUUGAGUCAACAAUUCACUAUAUAGGAUAAAUAAGUUAAUGAUGUAUUUUAACAAAUUCGACAAAACGUUUAAUUUUGGUUAUUUUUGUCAAACAAUUUUCAAAAUUUGUGAUGCCAGUUGAUUGCUUGAUCUGCUUUGUAGACAUGCAAGAAGUCAAACAUAUAAUGGAUUUAAAAUAGGCUUAAUUUCUGCAUAAAAAUGAGACCUUUUCUUGUCAUUAUUUCUAUAUUUGUAGAAUACAGUGAAACUUAUCUAAUCAGGAUGUUUCGUAUUCCGAAAUCUUGUGUAAUAAGAUCUAAAAUUGAACCCCCUUUCAGUAAAUUUCAUUAAUUAACAUGUUUUUGUUUUUUAUCUGGAAUAUUUUCUUAUCCAGUUUUUUUUUUUCUUUUUUGUUUUUUUUUUUUGGUAACCAUUGAAAUCCGGAUUUGACAAGCUUUACUGUAUUUCUAUUUUAUGGAAAAAGUCAUUAUUAAGAAAAACCAGCAUCUCUUUGUAGUCAUAUUUUUCUUUAUAUUAAAAGUUAAUUUAACAUUAUUAUUUAUAAAUUACACAUUGUGAUGAUACAGUCAAUAAAUCUCGGCAUGUUGCAAUAAUGAUGAUAAGUGAUAACCUAGUGAAAUUCUUUCUGCAUCAUUGCUGAUGCAAUCAAUAAUGUGUGAUAGAAUUUUAUUUUACCAAUGUUUGUACAGACGGUUAUAUUUUGAUAAAAAUUGCUUUUUGAAAUUGUUAAUUAUAAAGUAAAUGCUCUCAAAUAAAAGCAUAUAUGCAUUUUUUGAGAA